AUGUUGGCCACGUCGGCCGUCCGCGGUGCCCCAUUGAGGGUGGCUGCCCGAACCAUUGUCCGAAAGACCACAACUCGUGCUGCAUCUUCGAGCGCCUCCGAAGCCUCCUCCUCUCCCUUCUACCUUACACUGGGCGCUUCUGCUGCGACGGCAGCUACAGCAGGCUCCAUCGCCUGGUACUAUCAUCUGUUCGGUCAAGAUGUCUAUGCCAUGACACCCGCAGAAGAGGGGUUACACCCGACCCAGUACCCGUGGGAGCACGUAAAAUGGACAAAAACAUUCGACCACGCCGCUCUCCGAAGAGGGUUCCAAGUUUACCGUGAAGUCUGCGCCGCCUGUCACUCUCUGAAGCGAAUCCCAUACCGGUCACUGGUCGGCACGAUAAUGACCGUCGACGAAGCCAAGGCUAUGGCCGAAGAAAACGAAUACGACACUGAGCCCAAUGAUGAGGGAGAGAUUGAGAAGCGACCCGGCAAGCUGUCUGACUACAUCCCGUCUCCGUACAAGAACGACGAAGCCGCCCGUGCCGCCAACAAUGGGGCCCUUCCUCCGGAUCUAUCUCUUAUGGUUAAGGCCCGUCACGGCGGCUGCAACUAUAUCUUCAGCUUGCUGACCGGCUACCCGGAGGAACCUCCCGCCGGUGCGAGUGUCCAGUCUGGCCUGAACUUCAACCCGUAUUUCCCCGGUACCGGCAUAGCGAUGGCUCGUGUUCUUUACGACGGAUUGGUUGAAUACGAAGACGGCACGCCCGCCACCAGCUCGCAAAUGGCCAAAGACGUGGUUGAGUUCCUGAACUGGACUGCGGAACCGGAGAUGGACGAGCGCAAGAAGAUGGGCUUCAAGGUCCUGAUCAUCGGCACUGCCCUGUUAGCCCUGAGUGGUUGGAUCAAGCGGUACAAGUGGGCACCCAUCAAGACGAGGAAGAUUGUCUACAAUCCUCCUGGACAGAAACCCGGGUUUAGAAUGUAA